GAGAGAGGCCUCUCCUGUACUCUUUCCCCUCCCAGGGGCCAGUCUGGGCAGGCCAGUUCGCAGUACCAGGCACGCCUCUCUGCCUCCACUCCGGUCGCUGUUGCGUCUCUUUUGCAAACCGAGACAGAAACAAGCGAAGUGUUGGAAAGAAACAAACGCGCGCGCGCGAGAGAGAGAGAAAAGCCAGCCAAGGAGAGGCGGGUAGAGGGGGGUGGGAUGUUGUAUUUCCCGGCGAUUCCUCCUGCUGCUGCUGCUUUUACCAGGGCAAGGAAGUGAGCAUGGAAAAGGAAAGAGACCCGGCACCGUGAGAUUCUCCCCGGAAAAAAGCAGAAACUGGCUAUGGCGAAUGCAUCCCUCCUGCUCCUGCUGCGCUCCUUGAACUCGAGCGCCAACUCCUCCGACGCCGACUGCGAGGAAGAAGACCCCUACAAGUGCACCUUCAACGAGGAGUUCAAGUACAUCCUCCUGCCCGUCUCCUACAGCCUCGUGUUCGUGGUGGGCCUCUUCCUCAACCUGCUGGCCCUUUACAUCUUCCUCUUCCGCAUCAAGACCUGGAAUGCCUCCACCACCUACAUGUUCAACCUGGCCGUGUCGGACACCUUGUACGUGAUCUCGCUGCCGCUCCUGGUCUACUACUACGCCAAGAGGAACCACUGGCCCUUCAGCGUGGGCUUGUGCAAGAUCGUGCGCUUCCUCUUCUACACCAACCUCUACUGCAGCAUCCUCUUCCUGCUCUGUAUCAGCAUCCAGCGCUUCAUGGGCAUCUGCCUCCCGCUGAGGUCCCUGGAGUGGGGACAAGUCCGCUACGCCCGCUGGGUCUCGGCCACCGUCUGGGCGGUCGUCAUCGCCUGCCAGUCGCCCGUGCUCUACUUCGUCACCACCAGCCCCCGGUGCGACAAGAUCACCUGCCACGACACGUCGGCAAAGGACCUCUUCGGGGACUUCAUCGUCUACAGCACCGUGAUGCUGGUCCUCCUCUUCUGCAUCCCGUUCCUCGUUAUCAUCGUCUGCUACUCCCUGAUGGCCCGCCGGUUGCUCCAGCCAACGCGCGGUACCACCCGGAUGUCCAGCUCCAAGAAGAAGUCGCUCAAGAUGAUUGCCGUCGUCCUGGCGGUCUUCAUCAUCUGCUUCUUGCCCUUCCACAUCACUCGGACCUUGUACUAUUACUUCCGCGACUGGGACCUCAGCUGCGCCACUCUGGACGCCAUCAACUUGGCGUACAAGCUCACCCGGCCCCUGGCUAGCACCAACAGCUGCCUGGACCCUAUCUUGUACUUUUUGGCAGGGCAGAAGUUUGUGAAAUUUGCCUGCCCCAAAACGCCGGCGCCGGGUGAGAACCAGACGACCUCGAACACCACCGUCAAUUGCCGCCUGCGGGCCAGAGACCAGUUAGCGAUGAAAGCGAAAAGCAUUGUGUCUUAGGCACUCGACAUUUCUGCCUUCGCCCAUCUGCAAAGUGUUACUUACCUGUCUGUGUUGGUUGGGAAAAGUUCCAUGUUGCAGGGAGAAGGGUUUUGUUCUCGACCAGUGAGACACCGGAAGUGUAUUUUCAACCUGUAUCUGCAAGAAAUGGUUUGAAAAGUGAUGGACACGUCGCUUUUUUCUUUCCCCAACACUUGGUGUUGUUUUGGAAGCUAGGUACUAUAUUAAGUGCGUCGUCUAAUCUGACAACGGCACUAUAGACACUGAGUUGUGUGAAUAGGGAAUCCUACACAAGGUGUGUAGUGAGAGGCAAUGUAGCGUAAUGGACGAAGGAUUUUGUUUAGACCCACUGAAUACAAGCAGCGUAUCUCGUGGAAAAAUUGUUUCUACACUGCACCACUUCAGUUUGCAUUGGCGGGGGGCGGGGGAGUGGGGUCACAAGUCUGAAUGCUAAAACAUUACUUUUCCACAACCAAUGGAACCUACCAAGCUGCCGUAUACAGAGUCAGACCACUGGAGUAUCUAACCCAGUAUCAGCAAGUUUUACUGGGGCUGGAUCUACAUUGAGCUGCUAACCGUUUUUUAAAAAUAAUGUUCUAUAACGCUGGAUAGCAGUUUUCCUUUGCUGAUGGCUAUCUGCUCUGCAGCGCCCUCUGGGAUCAAAUUUUAAUAACGUAUUUUAACGUUAUAAACAACGUGUUUAGAUCCACCCGGGGAUUUUAAGGCAGAGAGCUUUCCCCAAGCCUACUUGGAGAUGCCAAGGCUUGAAAUUGGAACGUUUCACAUGCAAACCAUGGGUUCUAUGGUCCCAGAAAGAACCUCUGGCAUCUAGUUUUCAAUACAUGGGGAAAUCUUUUAUUUAGGUGAACAUUCAGCAUUUCACACACACACGCACACACAUGCACACACACACACAUCUGCAGCUCGAAGCCAUACAGUCCAGAAAUGGUUUCAACAUUUCAUCUACCGUUCGGUGAGACCACAGCUGCCCACUUCCUUGUUUCCAAGAAAGGGUGAACCAGGUGAGGCAGAGCUGCUACACUAACCUCCCAGCAGGUGGCUCAUGAUGGCUAUAUUAUUAUUGUUGUUAUUAAUAUCAUAGAGGCAAGAGUAACCUCAGACCAGCGUCCCAUGAGCCCCACUUACUCCAGGCCAGUCCCAGCCAGUGGCAACCCUCAUAAUACAGGGAACCAUUUGGUGAGACGCCCCGCUCAGUAUCCUUGAGCGAGCUUUCGCCUCUCCUCCCGUCCCACCUCGCAGGGUUGCCGUGAGGAUAAAAUGAGCCCCGUGCUUUCUGCCCUGGCUGGUGGUGCUUUCUCUCAUUUAAACCCAAUGUCUAGAUGCUGCCUGCCUUUCUGGCUGAAACCUUCCCAUGCUCACCCAUGCUUCCCCCCUCCCCAUAACCUCCAGGCUUGACUACUGCGAUGCACUUUACGUGGGGCUGCUCUUGGAGGUAAUUUGGGAUCCGCCGCUGGUGCAGGUUGCUGCUGGCUGUUCCUUUGCAAAUUGCUCCGUCUCCCGGGCCCGAGCGAAGGUGCUAUUUUUUAACCUACAAAGCCCUUCGUGGGCCUGAAGAAACACCCUUCGCCGAAUCA